GGGGCUGGAACCCCUUCUCCGCCCGCUCUACUACUCCUGACCUCCUUUCUGUCGCCCACACUUCCGCCCAGCACCCCUGUUCUCUGACCCCGGUUACUACACCACAUGGCCUCCCGUGACCCCCAGUUAUUUUCUCAGCCCAUCCCCCUUUCCAGGCCCCACAUUACUACCUCUGCUUCUCCCUUUCCUUGGUCCCACUUUGUUGCCCAGAUAGUCUGAUAAGACCCCCCUUCUUAAUUCAACUCAAAUAUCCUCAUUUGGCCUUUUAGAAGAAACCAAGCUCCAUUCACGGAUCAUACCCUUCACGAUUUCUUAAUUACUUCUCUCCAUUACUCCCAGCCAGCACCCUCCCCUUCCCACGCUGGUCUCCUCAUGGGCUUUGAUCCUGAGCCAUUACUCCCUGUCCUUCAGGGAUCCUGUACCUGUCCCCGCCCCCUCCUCUAGGACCACCCCUGUCCCCAUCCUGCCUGUGGGCCACGCCCUGAACUCCCAGUCUCCGGCCUGAGUCUGCCUUUUCUUCCCCACCAUUUGUGUCCUCCCCCUCACCCCUCAGGUUGCCAGAUCAUACACCCGCCCUGGGAAGGGGGCAUCAGGUACCGGGGCCUGACUCGGGACCAGGUGAAGGCCAUCAACUUCCUGCCUGUGGACUAUGAGAUUGACUUAAUACUGCUUGCAAGUCAGCACUUUAAAUCCAGUGCAAGUAAAUUUACAAAUACAUGUACUGAAGACUACUAUGUGAGAGGUUUUCUGAGAGCAGUUGGAGGUAGUAAAGCAGGAAGCCAGCACGGUUCAUUUCAUCGUCCCUUCAUUAGUCCGAAUCUGCUCCAAGUCUUAUUUGACCCUGGAAAAUGGGAAGGUUUUCCUGAAGGGUGGGGACCUUCCAGCUCUGGAUGGAGCCUGGGUGGAUUUCCGGUGUGAUCCCGACUUCCAUCUGGUCGGCAGCUCCCGGAGCAUCUGUAGUCAGGGCCAGUGGAGCACCUCCAAGCCCCACUGCCAGGUGAACCGAACGCCACAUUCAGAACGGCGCGCAGUGUACAUCGGGGCGCUGUUUCCCAUGAGCGGGGGCUGGCCGGGGGGCCAGGCCUGCCAGCCCGCGGUGGAGAUGGCGCUGGAGGACGUGAAUAGCCGCAGGGACAUCCUGCCGGACUAUGAGCUCAAGCUCAUCCACCACGACAGCAAGUGUGACCCUGGCCAAGCCACCAAGUACCUUUACGAGCUGCUCUACAACGACCCUAUCAAGAUCAUCCUCAUGCCUGGCUGCAGCUCCGUCUCCACGCUCGUGGCCGAGGCUGCCAGGAUGUGGAACCUCAUUGUGCUUUCCUAUGGCUCCAGCUCGCCAGCCUUGUCAAACCGGCAGCGUUUUCCCACAUUCUUCCGAACGCAUCCAUCGGCCACGCUCCACAACCCUACUCGUGUGAAACUCUUUGAAAAGUGGGGCUGGAAGAAGAUUGCCACCAUCCAGCAGACCACUGAGGUCUUCACUUCGACUCUGGACGACCUGGAGGAACGAGUGAAGGAGGCUGGAAUCGAGAUUACGUUCCGUCAGAGUUUCUUCUCAGAUCCAGCUGUGCCUGUCAAAAACCUCAAGCGCCAGGAUGCUCGGAUCAUCGUGGGACUCUUCUACGAGACUGAAGCCCGGAAAGUUUUUUGUGAGGUGUAUAAGGAGCGUCUCUUUGGGAAGAAGUACGUCUGGUUCCUCAUUGGGUGGUAUGCAGACAACUGGUUCAAGACCUAUGACCCAUCCAUCAACUGCACGGUGGAUGAGAUGACGGAGGCGGUGGAGGGCCACAUCACCACUGAGAUUGUCAUGCUGAACCCCGCCAAUACCCGCAGCAUUUCCAACAUGACAUCCCAGGAGUUCGUAGAGAAGCUAACCAAACGACUCAAAAGACAUCCUGAAGAGACUGGAGGCUUCCAGGAGGCGCCACUGGCCUAUGACGCCAUCUGGGCCUUGGCAUUGGCUCUGAACAAGACCUCUGGAGGGGGUGGCCAUUCGGGUGUGCGCCUGGAGGACUUCAACUACAACAACCAGACCAUCACUGACCAGAUCUACCGGGCGAUGAACUCCUCAUCCUUCGAGGGCGUCUCUGGCCAUGUGGUGUUUGAUGCCAGUGGCUCUCGGAUGGCAUGGACACUUAUCGAGCAGCUACAGGGUGGCAGCUACAAGAAGAUUGGCUACUAUGACAGCACCAAAGAUGAUCUUUCCUGGUCCAAAACGGAUAAAUGGAUUGGAGGGUCCCCCCCAGCUGACCAGACCCUGGUCAUCAAGACAUUCCGCUUCCUGUCACAGAAACUCUUUAUUUCUGUCUCGGUUCUCUCCAGCCUGGGCAUUGUCCUCGCUGUUGUCUGUCUGUCGUUUAAUAUCUACAACUCCCAUGUUCGUUAUAUCCAGAACUCACAGCCCAAUCUGAACAAUCUGACUGCCGUGGGCUGCUCGCUGGCGUUAGCUGCUGUCUUCCCCCUGGGGCUGGAUGGCUAUCACAUCGGGAGGAGCCAGUUCCCCUUCGUCUGCCAGGCGCGCCUCUGGCUCUUAGGCCUAGGCUUUAGUCUGGGUUAUGGCUCCAUGUUCACCAAGAUCUGGUGGGUGCACACGGUCUUCACAAAGAAGGAAGAAAAGAAGGAGUGGAGGAAGACCUUGGAGCCCUGGAAGCUGUAUGCCACAGUGGGCCUACUGGUGGGCAUGGACAUCCUCACUCUUGCCAUCUGGCAGAUUGUGGAUCCCCUGCACCGGACAAUCGAGACUUUCGCCAAGGAAGAACCAAAGGAAGAUAUUGAUGUCUCUAUUCUGCCCCAGCUAGAGCACUGCAGUUCCAAGAAGAUGAACACAUGGCUUGGUAUUUUCUAUGGUUACAAGGGGCUGCUGCUGUUGCUGGGAAUCUUUCUUGCUUAUGAGACUAAGAGUGUGUCCACUGAGAAGAUCAACGACCACCGGGCUGUCGGCAUGGCUAUCUACAACGUUGCAGUCCUGUGCCUCAUCACUGCCCCUGUCACCAUGAUUCUGUCCAGCCAGCAGGAUGCGGCCUUCGCCUUCGCCUCUCUUGCUAUCGUUUUCUCCUCCUAUAUUACUCUGGUUGUGCUCUUUGUGCCCAAGAUGCGCAGGCUGAUCACCCGAGGGGAGUGGCAGUCUGAGGCACAGGACACCAUGAAGACAGGCUCAUCAACCAACAACAACGAGGAGGAGAAGUCCCGGCUGUUGGAGAAGGAGAACCGUGAGCUGGAAAAGAUCAUUGCUGAGAAAGAGGAGCGUGUUUCUGAACUGCGUCAUCAACUCCAGUCUCGGCAGCAGCUGCGCUCCCGGCGCCACCCCCCAACACCCCCAGACCCCUCUGGGAGUCUGCCCAGGGGGCCCCCUGAGCCCCCUGACCGGCUUAGCUGUGAUGGCAGUCGAGUCCAUUUGCUUUACAAGUGACGGGGUCGUAAGGCACGAGAAGCUAGUAGCGGGAGGGAAAGGGUGAGGGAGAGGGCGGGAGACUUGGGAGGAAUCAGGGGUCCAUAUCUUCAGUUGGGAAGAACAUGUCAUCCAUUCCCAUCUCUUGUAAAUACAUGUUCCUCUGAGUCCUGGGGUUCUCUGAGUCUCCAGUACUCUGGAAGACAGGCAUUUUUCUCUCUUUUUCAUUCAUAUAAUUUUGUAUCACUGAUUCAUAAUUCAGUUUGCACCUUGCUUGAAGCUGCUCACUCGUUGCUUCCUGGGCAGCCUCACUGCGUCUUUCUCUUCCCUACAGCCCACCUUUGUCUAGUUACCAUGGCAACCCCCUGCAGCUCCUUGCCUUUGUGCUCUGCUCCCAUCCAGCAGGGGUCUCCCCACAAGUGCUCUUCCUUCCUAGCAGGGACCUCUCCAUUUCUCUCACCAUCAUAAUCUCUCCCAUCUACUUGCCUCUCCACACAGCCCCGUAUUUGGUCCCCCUUGAGCCUUGCCUCUUCCGGGGACUCGUUCACAUGCUCUGCGCGCUCGUGCUUCCCACACACGUGCAUCCUCCCCUCUCCUGUUGGUACCCACUGGACACGGUCAUGUGCACUUGUGCUUUCUCCAUGCUGCAGCUGCCCGUGCUCGCUGGCAUGCUGGCCCUCACAAGCUACGUGUGCUCCUCGUCAGGGCUACGUGCCCUGGUUUGGUAGGCGUGUGUAUGCAGCAUGCUGAGUCAUGUCUUCUCUGCUUGCACGCAUCCGUGUUUCUCCAUGCAUUUUCCUGUGUACCUUCUCUUUGCACCUGAAAAUCAUCGUAUCCUUCCAGAGCCACGCUCACCCACCCAUAGUAUUAUGCACUUUUCCCCAACUCACGUUUGGUGGGGCCGUCCACACCCUCUCAUCACAUCGGUUCCUGCCCACACUUCCCUUUCUCUUUUUGCAUUCAUGCACCACUCUCAGCUGUACUCGCAAUCAUCUUCUCCCGAGAUCUCUCCCUUUUGUUUUAUAUUUUUUUGGGGGAACUAAGGGAAAAGAAAUGGAGGCAGAUUAGAAAAGCUGCUUCCAGUGAAUAGUUGGUGAGGAUCUUUACCAAAGGAAGGCACCCCUGACUGUUGGGAUGGACAGACGGACCUAUGGGGCGGGAGGUGGCGUCCCUUUCACACUGUGGUGUCUCUUGGGGAAGCAUCUCCCCGAAUCUGAAUAAACCAGUGAACAGUGUGGCUCA